UCAUUCUGAUUAAUAUGUGAAAAUAUUUCGGACCGCCAUUAUCAAAUUUCUGAAGCAAAACUCCCGCCAAAACAUCUCUUCCCACUUAUAAAUCUCCAGUCUCAAGCCGUCAAGCGUCCAUUUCAUACACUAUCUCUGGAACCCAAAGAAAUGAUGUCUUCACAACCUGGAGCAGGGGCAAACCCUAAGCCUAACCCUAACUUGAAAAACUCCGAGAAUCCCAAAAAUGUGUACAAUAUUGCGAGAAUUCCAGUGGAAUUCCCAUACAAGCCGUACGGCGCGCAGUUCUCCUUCAUGUACAGAGUCAUAUCAACGCUGGAUCGGGCUCAGAAAGAAGGCCGUUGUCACGCCUUGCUCGAGUCGCCCACCGGUACUGGCAAAUCACUCUCGCUUCUUUGCUCCACUCUAGCAUGGCAACAGAAUUAUGCGCUCAAGAAUCUACAAGGCAAUCUGCCCCACUCCACACCUGCUCCGGAGGCCAUCACCGAUCCUCUCGGUCACGGCGGUGGUUUUAUCCCCGAAACGCAACAUUUAAGCAUUCCACCAUCAGAGAGUUCACAGCCACCUCAGCAAGCUGCAAAUAGCAAGAAAAAGAAGAAAAAGUUGGCUCCUGUCAUAUAUUAUGCUUCGAGGACACAUUCACAAAUUUCUCAAGUGAUUCGUGAAUACAGGAAAACUUCUUAUCGAGUGCCAAUGGCAGUAUUGGCUUCAAGGAAACAUUAUUGCACAAAUCCCCAUGUCCUUCGAAAGGAGAAUAUUGAUGAAGAAUGCAAGCUUCUUUUGAGGAACCGAGAGGAAGGAUGCUUUGAAUAUAAAAAUAUGCUUAAAGUCAAAUGCCAUUCCUCACUUAGGAAAGGAGGCUGUCACGAGGUCCAUGACAUUGAAGACCUUGUCAAAGUUGGACAAGUUGUUAAAGGAUGUGCAUUUUAUGCUGCACGUUACAUGGCAGAUGAUGCACAAUUGGUUUUUUGCCCGUAUUCCUACAUCAUCAAUCCUGUUAUUCGAGGAGCAAUGGAUGUAGAUAUCAAAGGAGCCAUUCUAAUUCUUGAUGAAGCUCACAAUUUAGAGGAUAUUGCUCGUGAAGCUGGAAGUGUGGAUCUUGAAGAAGAUGCUUUGCUCAAACUGCAGAUGGAGCUAGAGCAACUCCACAUGAUCAAUGCCUCAAUUUACCAACCAUUGUAUGAAAUGACACGGGACCUAAUAGGUUGGAUUGAGCAGAGGAAAAGCAAAUUAGAAGAGCAUGAAUUUCAGCAUUAUUUAUCCUUCUGGACUGGUGACAAGGCAUUAAGACAACUUGAAGAAGCUAACAUUUCACAGCAAUGCUUCCCUAUCUUGCUAGACUGUGCAACAAAGGCAAUCAGAGCUGCUUCUGAUGCAGAGUCAGAUGUACCUCAUUUAAGUGGCAACUCUGUGAUAGCCUUGGAAGGGCUGUUCUCUUCACUGACAUAUUUCUUCUCAAGAAAUGGUUCUCACAUGUUUGAUUAUCAGCUUGCUCUACAAAGAUAUCUUAAAAAGGAUGGCAAAAAUGCUUUUGGCAGUUGGAUAUGUUCUUUAAGUUUGUGGUGCUUAAAUCCAGCGGUUGUUUUUAGAGACAUUGCUGAUCUUUCAUUCUCUGUCAUUCUAACAUCUGGGACGUUGUCACCAAUGAACUCAUUCUCAUCUGAACUUGGAGUUCAGUUUGGAAACUGUUUGGAGGCUCCUCAUGUUAUUGAUGUUAAAUCCCAGGUGUGGUCUGCUAUAAUCUCUCAUGGUCCAGGUAAUUAUCGAUUGGAUGCAAGUUACAAAACAACUGAUCAAUAUGCUUUCCAGGAUGCACUUGGUAAAUCCUUAGAAGAAAUUUGCAAAAUUGUUCCGGGUGGCUCUCUUAUUUUCUUUCCAAGUUACAAGCUGAUGGAGAAACUUUGCAAUCGUUGGAGAAAAACAGGCCAAUGGUCGCGACUUAAUGCUAGAAAGCCCCUUUUUGUUGAGCCAAGAGGAGGUAAUCAGGAAGAAUUUGAAACUGUUAUGAAAGAUUAUUAUGAUUCAAUAUCUAGAGGCAAGAAAGCAGCUCUUGGGAGAAAGAGAAGGAUGAAAAAAACAGAAGACAAUGUGAUAGAGUCCACAGAAGUUACUAACCGUAAAGGAGCUGCUUUUCUUGCAGUUUUCAGAGGAAAGGUCUCAGAAGGCAUAGAUUUUUCUGAUGACAAUGCUAGAGUGGUGAUAGUUGUUGGCAUUCCCUUUCCGAAUGUAAAUGAUAUUCAGGUCACAUUAAAGAAGAAAUAUAAUGACACUUACAAAUCAUCUAAACACCUUCUCAGUGGAAGUGAGUGGUACUGCCACCAAGCCUUCAGAGCUCUAAAUCAGGCUCUUGGACGCUGUAUACGUCAUAAAUAUGAUUAUGGAGCCAUCAUUCUAUUAGAUUGGCGUUUUGAGCAAGAAAAGUAUAGAGCAUAUAUUUCAAAGUGGCUAAGGCCAUUCAUUAGAAAGUAUGAAAGUUUUGAGAGCACAUUAGACGAGCUGAGAUCCUUUUUCAGAGAUGUCAAGGACCUGGUUGGCAAGAAAAAGCAACCACCAUCUUUGGCAAAAUAUGACGCCACUUUUCCCCAAAUGAAGCUUCAAAGUGAUGUUGCAGUUCAGACAAGUGUGCAAGUAGAUAAGCACAAGAAAAUUUGCAAAGAAUAUAUUGAUCUAGAAUGUGGCUCUCCUAAAGAUUCACGGUGUUUUGAGACUUCAUCAAUCACAUUUUCCAGUGAAGAUCCAGAUUUUCUCAUGGUCAAGGAAACACCUUUUGUGGAUUCUGUUAUCUCUGUAGCUAGUCCAGGUUCCUUAUCUAAGUAUGGUAACUCUGGUUCAAAUAUAAUUCAGGCCUCAACUAAGUGUCCGGAUCAAUUUUUAUCUCAGCCAAUGUCUUCAACAAGCCUGAACGAAGAACCUUCCAUUUAUGAAUCUAUGACGAUGUUCACCCCCGAAAAAGGUGCCGAUCAGAAUACCUCCAGCCUGAUACCAAAAACAGAAUCACCUUUGAAUCUUAGUGUUUGUUCUUAUAUCCAAAAAAGGAGGAAAUUCAUGGGUUCACCCUUCAUUAACCUUGUUGAUGAAGGAGGCAGUGAUACACCUGCUCAAAUUCCAGGUUCUAUGAGUUUCGAGGAACUAGCCAAUGGAGAUAUACCACGCAGAAUUGAAUUUGAAACUAGUUCAGCAGAAAACAAUCCCAAGGAAUCAAAUAUUCCAUGGCCGUUGGCUACUGACAAUACUAUUUUCUUUUGUCCUGUUAUGGAUAAGAGAUUACGAAUUUCCUGUUUACUCUGCAGAGGCCCUUUAGGCCGCCCUGAAAAUCAGCUGUAUCUUAGUUGCUCAUUGACUGUGUCAUCAAAAGCCUACGUAUUAUCUCUUUUUAAACAGAGAUUCAUUUGUCGUGAUUCAAAUACACUACCAACCGUAAAAGUUAUAAUAACUGAUAUUUCAUUAGUUGAUCCAAGACUCUGGAACAGAGCUCUUGAAGGUGACAGAGAACAGGGCAUUUGGCGUGAAGAUGAUGGGUGUGUAUUCAAAAAGGUCUUUUGCCCCUUCUGCAGUAACCCUAACAAUUGUCUUGGUGUGCAAAUCAAAGCAGCUGACGAAAAAAAUUUGCAGUUGCUAAAUAAGAUACUGCUUUACUUUGAUUUUCUAGAAAUUAAAAAUCCUGAGGAUGCAGGGGACGAGGCAGCAAAGGAUAAGGAUUUCUUGCAGGUUAAUGGCUCAAGCACGGACAAGACCGCUGUUUUAAAUUCCAUUUCUAAGUUUGCAUAUUCCCCGAAGCAGCCAGGCUUAGGAGGGGGAAGCCGAAGGACUACAAAAUCAAAGGUUAGAUACAAAGAAAUGCUUUGAGAAUCACAAGACAUUUAGUCCACUCU